AUGUCGCAGCGACCCCAACGAGCUGCGGCACUCCAAGCCACCCGGGCCACCGCCGCAGUCCUGUCUUCACACCGACGUAGCGACCCUCAAGCUUCCACCAUCGCCAACUCUCCAUCCCUCGUCAAGUCGGAGCAGCGGGGCUACGAGGAUCGAAAGCUGCCCCCCAUGGACAUCGACAUGCAAAGGUCCGCUCAUCAGGAUCUGCGCAGGCUGGACCCCAUGGGCCAUUCACUUGCUUCCGUCGCUGGGUACGACAGCGCCAACGGCUCCUACGGCUCCGAUGCUUUUCAGACGUACUGGUCGAGUCAGGAUCAUUCAUCUGCAGCCGCUCAUGCUGCGAUCCAGGAAGGCUCGAGCUCGUCUCAUCAGCCGCCGCAGAAGUGGGAGGCUACUGACAGCCAGCCGCAUUCCACACCGCGCUACGACUCGGUUAACACGCACAACAUCUUCGACCUUCACUAUCCGUACGGCCCGCAAGGAAACUCUCUCGGACUCAAAGGAGCCUCAGGUCUCAACGCUGGCUUGAAUGGAGACCUCGACCUCGCCGACAGUAUGCAUCGUUCGCACCGAGCGCUCGACGCGCCUUCCUCCCAAGCUUUAGCGCUCAUCGAUAGUCUGCCCUUCAAGGCCAGCUCCAGCGGCGACAAUGACUCGUACGAAGACAGCACCGACUCGGAUCUUCCUCCAGAGAAGAAGAAGCUCUCGGCGGCCUUCCGACCUCGGGGACGAAAGAAGCGAAACAAAUGCACACCCGACCAACUGCGCAGUCUCGAGGCCUUCUUCGAGAAAAACCGCAACCCGACCGGCCGUAUCCGCCACGAGCUCUCACGAAAGCUGCGCAUGCCAGAACGCAGUGUCCAGGUCUGGUUCCAGAACCGCCGUGCCAAGCUCAAGGUCGUCGAGCAGAGAGGCGAGACCGCCCUCGACUCCAGCAGAAAGAAGAGUUGCAGCAUUCAGCUCAGCGACAGGGACACUUAUAAAGCAGCCAGCUCGGCUGGUCGGUCAGCGCGCGAUGUGAUCGACGAGAAGCCUUCCGUCACCGCCAUGCCUACCUCCGCCUUGUGCAUCGGAACGUGGCGACGCGUGUCGCCGCUCAUCUGCUUCUUUUCUCGUCGAAUGCAGUCCCUGACGUGGUACCUCACCAGCGAAUCGAUCGGCUUCAAGCUUGAGGUCCCGUGGACCGCCAUCAGCGCUGCUUACUUUGACGGACCCAAGGAACCGACCAUUGCUGAACGGGCCGAGGGUGUUCGUGUUCCUCUUGGCCAAUUCGUCAUCGACCUCGAGCGCCCGCCGACCUUCUUCAUGGAAGUGUUCAGGUCAGCACCGGCUAAGAACGGCAGCGCCGAAGAGCCCAGAGUCAGCUGGCGGCAAUGCGAGGACUUCACCGAAGAUCAUCAAGCUAUGACUGUCAGCAGACACAUUCUGAACGGUCCCUACGAGGAGCUCCGAAGUGCAGUACAGUCGCUGGCGGCUUGCAACGAGGUGCUUCGCAAUCUUAUCCAGUUUCGAGAUCAAGAUCUACGAGCGGCCGGCGCCAUCCCUACCGGCACCGGCUCGACCGCCGACAACUUUGGCGUGGUCAACAACGUCGACUAUCGAUCCGCCGGUCCCAGCGUGCCCUCGCUCGACAUGUCGCCCGCCCUGCCCGGUGUCGACAUGUACGGCCACGGUAUGCAGAUGCCGAUGCAAGCUACGGCCAUGUCGAGCUCGUCGAGCUUGCAGAAGAGUGCUGCAUGGAACCACUUCCGUACACCCAUGCGACUCGGCGCUGAACACAACUGGGAGUUUGACAGCCCUGCUAGCGUCACCACCAACCUGUCCGACGCAUCGCUCGACAGUCAUCAGCGUCAUCCGCUCGGCUAUAGUCCUUACGGCGUGCCGACGUCGAUCGAGGCGAGCCCUCGCUCAGGGCUGGGAAGCUCGAUGGACUUGAACACGCUUCGCAUCGACGCAGCUGGCAUGUCGACGGCCAACUAUGCUGCUGCGGGCAAUAUGACUCUGAUGAGCGACGGCUCCAUGAAUGGCUCGCGAGCUCAUCUCGGCGGUUGGGAUAGCCGGCUCAGCUACGACGCGUCGGGAUCCCAGCACAUGGACGCACAGCACUACUCGCUUGCUUCGUCGAGCAUCCUGCCGGGAGCUACUCAGCCAUCGUCGCAUUUUAUGCAGUCACUGGGCAGUUUGCAUUCGGCGGGAAUGGACACGAGCAACGCCAUGUCGUACAGUCGCUAUGCCGGCGAGCGACAGGACUGCUCUGCUCAGUCGAUGAACGAGCAUGGGAUGGAUCAGCAUCAGCAUCAGCACCAUCACCACACCGGCGAGUCUAAUUUUGGCACGUCCUACCCGCAAGAAAACCCUCACGGCGUGUAUGACCACAGGGAGGCGCCCAGCGAUCCCAGCGCCAUCCACUCGGGCUCCGUGCUCAUGUCCAGGCGCUUUUCGCACGCCGAAGGAGCGUACCGUGGCGACUAUCCCCAAGAUGUGGGCGAGAACGAGACUCGACCCAGCUCGCAGGGAGGAAGGCCAUCCUCCGCGUCCCAGCUUUCUGUCAAGUCCAUGGCCUCGACCGCCAACGCCAAGAUCUCGUCGUUCGAGGAGGAUGCCUUUUCCGCCAAAACUCCGACGCACCGCACGUCGUUCGGCAACCUUCUGCAGCUGAGUCACAUCAACGGCCAGGAUCAGAGUGUGUAUGCCGAUCGACACGCGAUCGACGCGUCCUCCUUGCCCACAGCCAGAGCCGCCGAUUCCAGCUUCGAGGACGAGAACACGGCUCAGGGCAGAGCGCGUUCCAACACUUAUCGUCCGUCCACGCAUGGCGGCGGCCGCGUGGCUGGCCUGUCGUCUCCUAUGCAGCGGUCGGACCAGGAUCAGGAUCAGGACCAGGAUCAGGAUGCCGAGGGCGAGUACGUCGGUGCUGACGGCCACAAGAACGAUGAUGGCGAUGACGACGGCGAUUCGCUGUCGGAGGACGAUGCUGAGGGGUCUUGCGAUGAAGACGAGGGGACCGGCAAGAGGUGUGCCACUGCUGCCACCGAGGCCGAGUCGCCCGGUUUGCUGUCGUUGUCGUCCAAGCAUCCAGACUCGCCCGUGCCUCAGAUCGAAGAGCUGCCGUGA